AUGAGUCUCAUCCCUCUCGCCCACUGUCGCCGAAAGGGAUUUCUACCACUCUGUGAAAGCACCUCUGUGAUCCUCCGAUUAUCAGUGUCCUCCUCGCCAGAGAAGAGGAAGUUGUUGGUGCACGAGGUGCGUGUGGGGACGGAGGAUGGUGGGUUUGAUUUCGGAGCUCCAAAAACCUGCUCCAGCGAAGAAGCGGCACCGACUAAGACCGGGAGGAGAUUCACGGUGCUAUGGAGCCGGUUGAGAAUGGGCCAUGAAACCUAUCUAGACAAUAGAUGA